UGUUAAAAAAAGAAGCGCAUUUACUUAUGGCCCUUAUGCUUGAUAUUGAUUAGAAAUGAAUAGGUAACUUUGAAGGAAUCUCAAACGGGGAUCAUCCUUAAGUACUUACGCUUAAAAAGAGAUCCAGCAACUUAUUGAGACAUCUCAUUACUUAUAAAUGAAGUCAAUGGCUCUGAAGACUAGAGGUCGUUGUUUGGAAAACGCGAUUGCUUACAUUGAAAUUGCAUAAAAAUAUGGUUUCUCGAAGCAAAUGCCAGUUGGUGAGCUAAAACAAAAUUUAAAUUAGGACACUGCCACACUAUCUGAAGAAAAGUCACAGUAAUAAUUACUGAAUCGUUGCUUUACCGAUCCCCCGGCUUCGCAGCACAUACUAAGCAGAAACCAAUACAAUCCAGGAGGCAGGGCUCUUAAUGACAGAGAUUUCCGGGAUGUGCUGUGAAACGUCCAGUGUUCUAACGAUUGUUUGGCUGCACCACCCCAAGAUUACACGAGAAACAGUAAACGUUAACUUUUGUCGUUUGAAAAUACUUUGGCGUAUUGUGUAUUCAACUCUAUAAAGGAUUCGUAGCAGUUCCAAUGAAAGAGGAUGCAUCGUAGCCCUGUUUUUGUUUACUGAUCUAUGGUUGGCGCAUUUACACAAAUUUCCAUGAAAGUAGCGUCUUAUAUUGAAAAGAGGAAAGUCUCUUAAGUUGAAACUGGUUCGAAAAUUGUUAGUUUUGGACGCGAAAAAGUAAAGAAAGUACAAAGUCAACGGCGGGCAUGGCAGAGAAAAGACGAUGCUUCACAAUUCAGUUUUCUGCUCUGUGGAUUUUGGCCUCCAUAUCUUUAUCAACGUGCCAGUUACCACUAACCAUGAUCCAAAGACGUCCGUUUGGCAUAGAUGGGUUUGUCAAGCCUCUCCCAAGACAUUUACAAGAUAAUCGACAUUGCAACAUUAGAGGAAUUAGCUUCAGGAGGGCCAGGAUGCUACUUCUCACAUGUAGAAGAAAAAAGGAAACUGAUGUUAACUUGUUGCUUGCCGUUGGAUCGCCGGUUCCACGAGAUGUCGCGCCGAUGGUCGGGCCGUUCGGUAUUCGUGGCCGACCGGCAUUUCAAUUUACACCGAACAGCUACAUCGGACGGUAUGCCAGAGAUAUCUUGCAUUUGCCUUUUCAAACAGAAUUUGGUAUCAAGGUGACGACUCUUGUUUAUAGAGCGAACGGUGGUGUUCUGUUCAGCAUCGUCUCAAAAGAUCAACAUAAAGAUUUUCUAACAUUGGAGGUUCGAAAGAAAAACUCAAAAAAUCAAACUAUCGAGAUAAAUUAUAGAAAUUCAAAUCCAUUAGAAAUUUACAGUGUGAAAUUUGACGUACCCAAUUUUUAUGGAAAAUGGACAAUAUUUUCGAUCGCAGUUCGGGAUCAGAAUGCGUGGUUGUUUAUGAAUGGGUGCCAGAUUGUCCGGGGUUUUGCCUUCAGGAGAAGAUUGAAUCCUCUGGAUAUCAAGGAGGAUUCAGUGGUUUAUGUAGGACGAGCAGGAUGGUAUUCGGACAAAAGGCCUUUCUUUGGUGCAAUCUUCGACUUAGAGAUAUUAUCGGACCCGAACAGAGCGGUUCCAAGAUGCAUGGGAGAAAAUUUCGUAACAGAAGAAAUGUCAGCUUUAAGACCAACUGGCAGGCCAGGUAUCCAUGUAGAUGUGCCGGAGAAACCAACGAAGAAACGCGAAAGUGGAACAACUGGAAGUGUUUUCAAAUCAGCUGAGCUUUCUAACAAAACCAUCAGUGACGAGUCUCAUGAAACAGCUGGCCUGGUAACUACGCCAAAGACAACCAGUGAGGUCAGGACAACAUCUGCAGCCAGAAUGACGUCGUCUCGUGAGUCAAGUGCACGCAUGAGUUUGACUACAGCUGCACCAGAGAUCCAAAUAACGACCGAGGAAAUUAUAGAAAAAGCUGGAAAAUCUACAGAAAAACCUAAUAUAUCUAAGACUGAAGCAACUAGAAUGCAAGAAACUACCGAAGACAAAGAGAUUUCAAUGACUGAAGCAAGCACGACAGCUAAGUCGAAAACAACAUCCAAUGAGAACAAGAUAUCAACCGGGACAACUCAAGCGGGGAAGAAAGCCAAGGAAGUUCCUACUGAACUAGCAACGAAGGAGAUACAUACGAAAGAUCAAACUACAGAAGAAAAGAAACCAACCAAUGCUACUAGCAAAGAACCUUUGGUGAAAUCAGAACCGAUAUCUACCACUAUUAGUCCAAGAAAGGCGGAAAUGCUUUUGACUACUACCGUCAAACCAACAUACCUCAAUACUGCCAGAAGCUCGGUUAAAAGGUUUUCUAGCAUCUCUUCUGGCACCAUUAGAAGUGGUGCAUUUAUUGUCUGGGGUAAAAGGAGAAGAACUGUUCGCCCAGUUGGAUACUUUGCAACAACAACACAACCAUGGUCAACAACAACGAAAUCUCCUACAAUAUCUUCCGAAGUAAAAUCAACAACAGAAUCUUCAUUACUUGAAAAGUUAUACACGCAAACAGUGGAUGAAACGACAGCUGGAGCAUUUAGUACAGAGCGAGCAACAACAGAGACAACGCCAAUAAAACCGAGAAUUGCAAAUACAGCCAACUCUCAGACAGACAAAGUGGAGCUACAGACAACAGUCCAAAAGACAACUCUGCUGACAAAAGCACACGUGCAAGAGACAGAAUCAGCAACAACAAAAGUGCCAACUGAGGCUUUUACUACCAAAGGAUCUGUUACAGAUGCUUCAAAGUCAGUGGUGGAAGACGUUGCUGCUACUGAUGCAAUAACUGCAAAAGCAUUCGUCACAGAUGCUGUUGCUACUGAUGCACCUGUGACUGAUCUGGUACCAACCAAAAAAGCUGUCACUGAUGAUGUUGACACUGAUGAAGCAACUAAAAAAUCAAUCGUCACAGAAGCUGCUGUCACUGAUGCAGUCACUACAAAAGCUGUUGCUACUGAUGCACCUGUGACUGAUCCAGUACCAACCAAAGAAGCUAUCACUGAUGGUGUUGACACUGAUGAAGCAACUACAAAGUCAACCGUCACAAAAGCUGCUGUCACUGAUGCAGUCACUACAAAAGCUGUUGCUACUGAUGCACCUACUACUGAUCCAGUACCAACCAAAGCAGCUAUUACUGAUGAUGUUGACACUGAUGAAGCAACUACAAAGUCAACCGUCACAGAAGCUGUUGUCACUGAUGCAGUCACUACAAAAGCUGUUGCUACUGAUGCACCUACUACUGAUCCAGUACCAACCAAAGCAGCUGUCACCGAUGAUGUUGACACUGAUGAAGCAACUACAAAAUCAAUGGUCACUACAAAAGUAACUGCAAAAGCAAUGGUCACUACAAAAGUAACUGCAAAAGCAGUGGUCACAGAUGCUGUUCCUACUGAUGCACCUGUCACUGAUCCAGUACCAACUAAAGCAGCUGUCACCGAUGAUGUCAACACUGAUGAAGCAUCUACAAAAUCAAUUGUAACAGAUGCUGCUGUCACUGAUGCAGUUACUACAAAAGCUGUUCCUACAAAUGCACCUGUUACUGAUCCAGUACCAACCAAAGAAGCUGUCACUGAUGACGCUGGAACUGAUGAAGCAUCUACAAAAGCAAUGGUCCAUACAAAAGUAACUGCAAAAGCAAUGGUCACUACAAAAGUUACUGCAAAAGCAGUGGUCACAGAUGCUGUUCCUACUGAUGCACCUGUCACUGAUCCAGUACCAACUAAAGCAGCUGUCACCGAUGAUGUCAACACUGAUGAAGCAUCUACAAAAUCAAUUGUAACAGAUGCUGCUGUCACUGAUGCAGUUACUACAAAAGCUGUUGCUACAAAUGCACCUGUUACUGAUCCAGUACCAACCAAAGAAGCUGUCACUGAUAAUGCUGGUACUGAUGAAGCAUCUACAAAAGCAAUGGUCACUACAAAAGUAACUGCGAAAGCAUUCGUCACAGAUGCUGUUGCUACUGAUGCACCUGUUACUGAUCCGGUACCAACCAAAGCAGCUAUCACUGAUGAUGUUGACACUGAUGAAGCAACUACAAAGUCAACCGUCACAGAAGCUGCUGUCACUGAUGCAGUCGCUACAAAAGCUGUUGCUACUGAUGCACCUGUUACUGAUCCGGUACCAACCAAAGCAGCUGUCACCGAUGAUGCUAGCAUUGAUGAAGCAUCUACAAAAUCAAUCGUCACAGAAGCUGCUGUCACUGAUGCAGUCACUACAAAAGCUGUUGCUACUGAUGCACCUACUACUGAUCCAGCACCAACCAAAGCAGCUGUCACCGAUGAUGCUAGCAUUGGUAAAGCAGCUACAAAAGCAAUGGUCACUACAAAAGUAACUGCAAAAGCAGUGGUCACAGAUGCUGUUCCUACUGAUGCACCUGUCACUGAUCCAGUACCAACUAAAGCAGCUGUCACCGAUGAUGUCAACACUGAUGAAGCAUCUACAAAAUCAAUUGUAACAGAUGCUGCUGUCACUGAUGCAGUCACUACAAAAGCUGUUGCUACAAAUGCACCUGUUACUAAUCCAGUACCAACCAAAGCAGCUGUCACCGAUGAUGUUGACACUGAUAAAGCAACUACAAAGUCAACCGUCACAGAAGCUGCUGUCACUGAUGCAGUCACUACAAAAGCUGUUGCUACUGAUGCACCUGUUACUGAUCCAGUACCAACCAAAGAAGCUGUCACUGAUAAUGCUGGUACUGAUGAAGCAUCUACAAAAGCAAUGGUCACUACAAAAGUAACUGCAAAAGCAGUGGUUACAGAUGCUGUUACUACUGAUGCACCUGUUACUGAUCCGGUACCAACCAAAGCAGCUAUCACUGAUGAUGUUGAUACUGAUGAAGCAAUUACAAAGUCAACCGUCACAGAAGCUGCUGUCACUGAUGCAGUCACUACAAAAGCUGUUGCUACUGAUGCACCUGUUACUGAUCCGGUACCAACCAAAGCAGCUGUCACCGAUGAUGCUGGCAUUGAUGGAGCAACUACAAAGUCAACCGUCACAGAAGCUGCUGUCACUGAUGCAGUCACUACAAAAGCUGUUGCUACUGAUGCACCUGUUACUGAUCCAGUACCAACCAAAAAAUCUGUCACUGGUGAUCUUGGCACUGGUGAAGCAACUACAAAAUCAACAAUAUUUAGUAGCAUUCUACCGACCGAUUUCCCUGAGUAUUCUACUGCAGGAGCAUCCGAUCUCUUGACGGAAUAUACAACAAAAUUCUACACUGUAGUUCCAGAGCUGACUCUUAAAACUACAAGUGCAGCCAAAUUAACGACGGAAGAUCCUGUUUUCAUUACUACACUUGCGGAUGCUCUAAAAGACUCUAAAGUUUCACCAACGAUUAUCCCGUUAACAAAAGGCCGAACAGCUGAGCCGAAGCAAAGUACUCAAACUCGGAUGCAGACCAGCAUAAAAUCAACAGCAGCGCCUUAUAGUGACGUACCCUCUACACCAGUGUUGAGAAAUACAGCUGAACCUAGAAAGCCAUCAAGUGAUUCGGUAUCAACAGUGUCUUUGCCAAUGAAUCGAACACUCUCUUUCUCCAAGGGCCUCAAGGGUGACCCUGGUGCUCCUGACCCUUCAAAACCUACGGAAAAAGGCUGUAGCUCUAAGGAGAAACUCGAUUCCAAGGCGUCAGUUGACAAGAUGACACCUUCCCCGAAGGCCUCUUUGUGUGGGAAUGAAAAGGGAAUGAAGGGUGAUACUGGGCCGAAAGGCAUUAUGGGAUCCCCUGGACCACAGGGUGAAAAGGGAUUUCAGGGUAUGAAAGGACAGAAAGGAGAAGAAGGGCUCAUGGGAAAGGCUGGGAAAAUCGGAUUUCCAGGAGCCAGAGGACGCAAAGGAUCUAAAGGAGAAAAUGGCUUGCCAGGAAUAUAUGGUAGACCUGGUGUCAAGGGACCGAAAGGGGAGCAAGGAAGUAAAGGCGAUAGAGGUUUUAAUGGUCCCGUCGGUCCUAAGGGAGAACAAGGAGAUCCUGGGUUUCAUGGGCCAAUGGGGCCUUCUGGCAAAAAAGGAGAUCGUGUUUCGAAACGGGAACUCGAAGCUGCAAUUAUUGAUGUACUGUCAAACCAAGUAGAAGGAUGCUCAAAAAUCGAAGAGUUUGAUAUCCCUAAGGAGACCGGUGUAAAGUCUUUUCACCUUGAUCUGGGAUCAGGACCUCCAGGUCUUCUAUGGGCGAAUGCCAAAACAAGGCCUAGAAAGGUUCGCCGCGGACCACCAGGUAUAUAUCCGGAUGCUAUUGAAUCAAAGGGAAAGCUACGAAAAUUGGUUGUGUGUGGGCAGAAUGCUACCAGAGUCAAAUAUAACUAUGAUAGAUACCCACUCAAUGGGGUGAAAGGCGACAAAGGUGCCAAGGGAAUGACAGGCAAUACUGGUUUUGAAGGUCCAAUUGGUCCCGCCGGAAGACGAGGUGAAACGGGAGCGAAAGGCCAGAAAGGUGAUGUUGGUAAUCAAGGGCAGAAAGGAGAGCCAGGUCAAAGUAUAAAAGGACAACACGGUUUAAUUGGCUUGCCUGGCCUCACGGGCUUGAAGGGUCAGCGGGGACCUUCAGGAGUUCCAGGAAAACCUGGUAACCCAGGCCUGCCUGGCAUCGACGGUGCGCGCGGUAGGGCGGGAGAGAAGGGUGCCGAGGGAUCUAGAGGCCAAAAGGGAGAGAAGGGAAACACUGGGCCACGUGGUCCUGCCGGAAACGAUGGUGUAAAAGGGAGCACUGGUGCCGGGCUCAAAGGGCCAAUUGGCCCAAAAGGACUCAAAGGAGACACGGGUAUUCCUGGCCCUCGGGGUUUUGGUGGCACAAAAGGAGAAAGCGGACAAAGAGGAGCCAAGGGAGAUAAUGGAAAAACAGGCUUGCCGGGACCAGUUGGACCACAAGGGCCAAAGGGUUUGAAAGGAAGUCAUGGAAUUUUGGGACCUCAAGGAUUAAAGGGUGAACCAGGCACUCCUGGCAAGGUGACGUUCUUAAAAGGUGUCAUUGGACCAAGGGGACCUAAGGGGCCAAGUGGUCCAAUAGGUCCUGUUGGACCUCCCGGCCCUCCUGGACCACCGGGACCAAUGCCAUCGCUCUUACCGAUGAAAGCAAUGAUGGGCCCAAAAGGACCACAGGGUCUCAAAGGAAAUCGUGGUGCUGAUGGACAAAGCAUCAGAGGAGAAAAAGGUUCCCCUGGAAGCAAGGGGGAGAAGGGAGAGGUAUCGAUGGUGUCGAUGCCACCCCCUAUUAAAGGUGCAAGAGGAAGCAAAGGAGACCAAGGAUUUAAGGGCAGCAAAGGAAGUUCAGGUUCCCCAGGACAACCAGGCAAAGAUAGAGUCGCAGUUGUCACAUUAGCAAGUGAACAAGAUAUGUUUUCAAUGUUUGAUUUAUUCGAAGUUGGUCAGAUGGCAAUACUUGCUACUUCUGAUGAUAUUUACAUUCGUACAAGAAGCAAAUGGAGAUUGAUCACAGGAACGGUACUCAGUGGUCCAUCUGCUAGCAUUCGAUUUGAGAAGGCUGAGAUUGAGCCUCAAACAACAACAGCCCCUACAGUGACCACACCAACAAUUGUCAACAACAUUAUGCUUCCGGUACCCGGGAAGUUCCCAAAGAAACCUUACCUAAGACUGGUUGCUCUUAAUCAGCCUGUUAAUGGCGACAUUGGAGGUGUUUCUGGUGGAGACUACCGUUGCUACGAGCAGUCGUUUAAAUCCGGGGCAAAAGGAGUUUAUCGUGCAUUCCUUUCCGAUAAGAUGCAGAAUGUCAAGAAUCUUAUUCCUAAAAAGUAUUUCCACUUACCGGUUGUAAAUUUGAAGGGAAUGCAAAUAUUUUCUUCAUGGAGCGACCCCUUCAACUCUUCAACGUAUGCUGCUUUUAAUCCAACCAUUCCAAUCUACACUUUCGAUGGCAGAGACAUUAGGACUGACACCACUUGGAAAACUAAAGCGAUUUGGCAUGGCUCACACGCUGAUGGUGUGACACAUUCUAGCUCCCAUCACUGUCGCAGCUGGUGGCGAUCAAAACCGUAUCUAAAAGGCAUUGGUUCGUCCAUAUCCAGUUACAUGCCAGCAAUGAACGAAGAACAAUUUUCAUGUGAUUUAAAGCUUGCUUUGUUAUGCAUACAGAUUCAGCCAGAAAGGAGGUAACACCACAGCUGAUUAAUCCAUGUUUCAAUUAAAGAAAGUCCAAUAUUAGAUGUACGGAAUGUAAUACGGGGAUCCAGUUCCUUAUCUGCGAGAUAUCGUUCUUAUCUUUGGAGAUCUUGUAAUGAAUCCUGCAAGUGACGCAUGCCUUAUCAUCAUAGUUCGAUAGCUACUACGUCACCACUCGUUAUGUCUGCCCUGUAUUCGUAGGCAUACACAAAAUAACUCAAUUAGAAUAGACCAUAUUUUCAAUUAUAAAACUGGUUUUCCUGGUAUUUUGAAUAAGUAGAAAUAUAUUGAAACUCAACAAUGCUUUUUCUCGAUUCGCAACAUUCGAAAAAGCACAUUUUCUCAAUUUGCGAUGUCGCUAACAAUAUGAUAUAUGUGAAGAAAGUUCAAUAGUAUAUUUGUUUGGUAUUACCAGAGAGACUAUCAUUGCUAAAUUUGCAUGGCAGUCGAGGCACUUCCUUUGGUAUAUCCCAUCAGCUCAAAAGGUUGGUGCAAAGUGAUUGGACAAAGAUUGUAAUUAUCGCAUCCCUAUAACAUUAUUUAUAUAGAUAAAUAUAUAUUGUUUUGAGACUCCUUAGCGAGAUAUCCUCGACAGGAGAUAUAUUUGAGUAAGAGCUAGGUUUUGUAAAUUCUGGACCUUGAUAACACAGUAAGUGAAUUUCCUUUCCAUUAUGUACAUGGCGAAGGCAGAAGUGAUAAAGCGCCUCGAUUGAGAAAAGUUAUAUAGUUCUCUGAUCUAUUGCAAAUGUUUUGAUAGCUGUAGAGGGUAAGGAAAAGCGUGAUAAUUUUCAUGAUAAAAAAUAUGAAAGUUCAAACGCUCUUUGGGCUAUUUUUGACAGCUAUGAAGAAAUUCCAUAUAAAUUUUAAAA